ACAACCACACUGAUUGGUCUUUUGAAAACCGCUCGGCUUCUUCGAUUGGUCCGAGUGGCAAGAAAGAUUGACCGCUACUCGGAGUAUGGAGCUGCUGUGUUGUUGCUUCUCGUGGCUACUUUCGUGCUAAUUGCCCAUUGGUUGGCAUGUAUUUGGUAUGCAAUUGGAAACGCCGAGCGUAACAUUAUGAAACACAGAAUAGGUUGGUUGGACCAUCUGGCCAACACUACCUUCCAGUUCUACAACAAUUCGUACGGAGGACCCAGCAUCAAAGCCAAAUACGUCACAGCGUUGUACUUCACCAUAACAAGUCUUACCAGUGUGGGGUUUGGAAACGUCGCCCCCAACACCAAUACGGAGAAAAUCUUUACGAUCUUAGUGAUGCUGAUUGGAU